AAACCAACAAGUAUACCUAGUCAUCGCCGUGGGCUGCCGAGGAGGCUUCCUGAGUACCUUCUUAUUGGUUAGCGGGACUGUGGAACCGCAUAUUUUGACAUCAAACUACAACACCAAUUUCUUUCACCGUACGACUCACACCGGAAUCAAGUCCAAUUCAAUCCAUCCUAUUUCGUUCGUUUCUGGGUAUAAAAUGCGCGGUUCCCUUCCAGUUCGCCCAGCAGAGGCACUUCUGAUCUCCACCAUAUCUCAACUCCAUUUCCUCAAGACCAAUCCAUCUCAGAAAAACAAUGGCAACUGAAAACCAACCAGUCACUGCCGACUCCGCUACCAAUCUGCUUUCUCAAACUCUCACUUCUGUCACCAACAUCAAACUUUCUGAAUUGACAAAACAACGCAGUGAUUUUGAGACGAAAAAAGAUGAGUUAUCACGAGCUGUCCAGAGUGAAUUCGAUCAACUACGCAAGUUACAAUUACUGGUUGAUUCUCGCAUCUGUGAGAGUAAACUGAAGAUAGAAGUGAGGCGCUUCUUGGAAUUAGCAAAGGUCGAUCCUAGUGUUUCAACAGAGGUGAUGAAGAGUUGGCAGGGAGCUUUCGAGAAGGAGCUUCGGAUCAGAUCUGAGAAGUUGAAGUAUGCAGGUCUGUAUGGAGAAUUGGUGAAUGAAUGGUUAGAGGGUGGGUUGACGAACACUUCAACUCCAAGAAAAUUCGAUACGAUGAAGGAUGCCGAGCGGGAAGAAAUACGAAAGCAACGUCAGACUUGGGAGGCGUACGCCUUUCAACCACGAGAUACAGACACAGCUGCCAUUCAGAAAUUUCUUGAGGAGCUGCUUAAUACGGGACCGAUCAUUCAAACAGCAUACAAGGAAGUUGUGAAGUCUACCCGUGACUUUGAAACUUUUCUCAAGACCGAAGAACUGGAUGAUUGCUCGAUGACAUGGAUUAUCGAGGGGAUGCUGAGGACUGAUUCAAACUCCUUUGCGCCCGAGAAACGAGAGAUACUCACGACUUUCUUGCGUAACGAUGCCGCUCUGGUGGAGCUCGCUGAUGUUUUGAACAUGAGACUGGCCUCGCUGGAAACACACGAGUGGCAUUCAGAACCCAUUCAAGUUGAGCAGCGUCGUCAAUUGAGUGGAAAGUAUCGCUUCUUUCAAGAUGAGGUAAGUUAAUAUUUCGCAGCCAUUUUUUGAUUGUUUUAACUUUUGAGAACUACUUAAAGUCACUGCUAACAUCUGUCUAGGAUCUCCUACAGUCCAUCCUUAUAUACUACAUUGGAGUAGAGUGGUCUAUUCACUUCAAAAGUACGCUUCGAACCUUUCGCUCUACUCCUUGGGUAUGGAAGCCAUCUUCAAAACCCAUGGAAAAAGUUGAUUUCGAGCGCCGGUGUGACUUUCUGGGAGUUUCUUCACCCGAUGGUCGCACCAACAAGAAAUCAGUGGAAAGUGCCCGAGAAACUCACUUCCUCGAUGAUAUCUUCCUCGAACAAUUGCAAGCUUCAAAAGACCCUGAAAUGGAAUCUUACAACAUGGAAUCCGACACCAGACUUGAUCAAAAUCAAUCCCAGAAUACGGUACAGCACCUUCUACAUAUACUCGCCGCCGAAAUCAUCUUGAAACAGAAACAAGGGGGCGAUAUGUCUGUGAUUCGGAGCGACUUCCGUUGGUUUGGUCCUUCAUUACCACAUUCCACGAUAUUUGCUGUUCUCUCCUUCUUCGGUGUAUCAGAGCACUGGAUUGGUAUCUUCCGUCGUAUCCUUGAAGCGCCUAUCAAAUUCGUAGAAGAUGGACCAGAUGGAAAAGUACAGGUCCGGAAACGCGGAGUUCCAAUUCAAGGCCAACUCGGUACCAUGUUUGGGGAGACGUGUUUGUUCUGUUUGGAUUUCGCGUUCAACCAAUUAACCGAUGGAACUCGUCUCUAUCGUCCGCAUGAUGAUAUUUGGUUCUGGGGGGAUAAAAAGAGCUGUGUUGAGGGAUGGAAAAUAGUAUCCGAGUUUACUGAGUUGAUGGGUUUAGAAAUUAACGAGGAGAAGACAGGUGGAGUUAUGAUUGGGGGUCAGAGUGAGGGAUUACCAGAGGGUGAUGUCAAAUGGGGAUUCCUCAAACUUGAUUCUAGUACUGGAAGAUUUUUGAUUGAUCGAGAGGGGGUUGAUCAACACAUCGUUCAUCUUAGCGGUCAGCUUUCUGCUUGCGAGUCCGUGUUUGACUGGAUUCAAGUUUGGAACGUCUACGGUGCUCGGUUCUUUUUCAACAACUUUGGGAUACCUGCGAAUUGUUUUGGGUAAUUCAUAGUUCAUCCUUGGUCGCAAACCCUGGUAGCUAACAGUAUAACCACAGGCAAGCUCACGUCGACGCCAUGGUCGAGACUUUUGCCUACAUUCAAAGAAAAGCAUUCUCUUCAACAGGAGGAAGCGUCACAUCCACUCUGAAAUCGAUGUUACGUCAGAAAUUCAGCGUCGAAGACAUCCCCGAUGGCUAUCUAUAUUUCCCAGUGGCAGAUGGCGGCCUCGAACUACGAAAUCCCAUCGCCGAUUUGCUCGCCAUACGCAGACACAUCACCGAAGAUCCUUCAGAAUUAGUACAAAAAGCUCUGGACGAAGAGCAAUUCGCUUACAGCAAAGCAAAGUCCAAAUACGAGAACGUGACGAGUUUGAGAACUCGCCGCGCCUUCGAUUCAGCUCCGACGGUUGAGUUCAUGUCCUUUGAAGAAUUUACAAAAUACCGUGAACAGACCUCUGAUGCUCUCGGUGAUGCUUAUAAGGACUUGACAGCGGUUCAUUCGGUGAAGAGUGUGGGAAGUGUGUUUGGCGAGUUUUAUCAUGUGAGAGAGAUGUAUCGUGACGAGAUGACGAAGAGAUUUGGAAGUUUGGAGAUUGUACCCAAGGAGAUGCUUGCUACUGGAAUGGUCGAUAUGUUUAGGAAUAGUCGACUUCAAUGGAAGGAGUGAGUGAUGGGGAAGUCGUUUGUGUAUAAUUGGCGGAUAUGUACGGCAACCUGAAUAUACCCUUAGACCAAUAACAAGAUAAUGGUAAAUCGCAAAUCAUAAAGAACAUAUAUUUACUACUGCUAAUAUACCUGUAUCC